AUGAGAGGAGUCAAGGUCUUCUCUGGGAGGUCUCAUCCUACCCUUGUCCAAUCGAUAUGCGAGAGACUAGGGACUUCACCAGCCAACGUCGACUUAGGGAACUUCGCGAACGGAGAGAUCAGUGUGCAGAUUGGCACGUCGGUCAGGAAUGAGGAUGUCUUCAUCGUUCAGAGCGGCAGCCGCAACAUCAACGACAGUGUCAUGGAGAUGCUCAUCAUGAUCGCAGCAUGCAAAGGUGGCUCGGCUAAAUCAAUCACUGCAGUUAUCCCUUACUUCCCAUACUCUCGCCAGUCCAAGAAAAAAAGCCACCGUGGUGCAAUCACGGCAAAGAUGCUUGCUAACCUGAUGGUCGUUGCCGGGGUAGAUCAUGUCAUUACAGUCGACCUCCAUGCCUCACAGAUGCAGGGAUUUUUUGGCAAACCAGUUGACAAUCUAUUCGCCGAGCCUAUCAUUGCGCGCUGGAUCAAGUCCAAUGUGCCUCGCUGGCAGAAAGCCGUGGUUGUCAGCAAGAACGUUGGCGGAACCAAACGAGUCACUUCUCUGGCGGAUGCUCUUAAAUUGAGCUUUGCGCUGGUAUCUACCGAUAGAGACCGCUCGAAACCAUCGCAUCAUCACAACAACAUGAUGGAUAGUACCAUAUUUUUUGAUGCUAUUGAGCCGCAAUCUUUACGACUAGAACAUCGACAAAAUGAUGGAGAGGAUGGGGAAGAAGCUGAUUCCAUUCUGGAGGAUCCCUUCCAGGACACGACACGUCGCGGCCCACUUCCUCACCGCAAGAAGAGCUCCGCUAAUAAGAGCGGCACGAAUCGCCUGGGUCGUCCGAAAGCAGUCACCAUUACAUCGAGUCCGCUGAUACAAUCGACGCGAGUCGAGUCAUCGCCCGCACCUGAGACGCCUGACGAGCUGACCCGAGCUGAUACGGCACCGAGUGCGCGUCGUCCUUCAGAGUACGAACCCAGUGAAGCGCUACACGACGAGAGAGUCCGUGAUGUGAGGGUGGGCCGGUUGAUACAGGGUCACCUUGUGGACGACGACCACCUGUCUUCAGCCGUUUCAAGCUCAGCUUCAGUCUCAGGCGGACACGGCGAUCGUAGUUCACAGAUCCUGCAGGAUGGGCCAGACGGUUUUGGCUACGAUCCCAUGACUGCUUCUUUUGUGUCUACCACUUCGUCUUUUCAGCCAGAGCAUGCCCUUGGUGGAACCUUUGACGCUGCGGCGACGUCGGAUGAGGAAGAGGAGCAAAUCAGAAACCCUGAUCUCGAACAUACCAUCACCCUGGUUGGCGAUGUCAGGGAUAAAACGGUGAUUUUGAUGGACGACAUCAUCGACAAGUCUGGAUCCUGGAUUGCGGCCGCGGAGACUUGUGUCAAGAUUGGCAGCGCCAAAAAGGUCUACUGCGUCGCCGUGCAUGCCUUGUUCGGUGACGACUCUUUGGAAGAGCUGGAGGAGUGCGACUACAUUGACUACAUCGUCGUCACCAAUACCUUUCCGAUUUCUCCCGAACGUAUGCGAUCUUCCAAGAAACUGAUUGUUAUUGACAUGGCGAAUCUCCUGGCAGAAGCAAUCCGUCGGAAUCAUCACGGAGGUAAGUUGGUUGAACACAUGACGGUCUUUGACCAUGACGACUAA